UGAUUUGGGUCACCAAAUAGAUUUCCAUCCCGCCAGUGCGUGAGAUGUGAGCAGUGGCAGUGAACAGCGGCACGCCGGCACCGUAGCAGUCCAAAAUCUUUCCCUCCCCUGCGGCAAAUUUUUGGAAAUCUCUUCUUUAAUUUUUGUGAAAGUGAAAUCGAGAUUUCAAACGAUUUUACGAAAAAAUCGCGCUUUUACAUUUUUAUCAUCCGAUUUUAUGAAAAUCCGAUUUUAAAGUCGAUUUUACUCGGCAUCCAUACCUAACAUCGUAAAAUCUUACGAUUUUACGAUAUAAAACGCGAUUUUGACAACACUCUUGCGGUGUCUUAAUUAUCUUGUAAUAGAUAUAUGGAUGUGUGUAAGAAUUGUUGGCUUUAUAUAGUGAUAAGAUUGCUCACAAACAUUGCCCCAGCCCCAAAGCUCUCUAGCUUUAUUUCUCUCAAAACUCCAAAUCCCUUAUUAAAGCUCUUGGAUUAACUCAUGGAAGUUCUAAAUAAUUCACCUUCAUGCAGAAACCUAAUCACCAUUCUCAGUAUUGAUGGUGGUGGAAUUCGGGGGAUCAUCCCCGGAGUCAUCCUUACCUUUCUAGAGUCUGAACUUCAGAAACUGGAUGGCGAAGAAGCAAGAAUAGCAGAUUAUUUUGAUGUGAUUGCCGGGACUAGCACUGGCGGCCUGGUGACAGCCAUGCUAACUGCUCCUAAUGAAAAAAACCGUCCCCUGUUUGCUGCCAAAGACAUAAAAGACUUCUACCUCACCCGCUGCCCUAACAUCUUCCCUCAAUCCAGUCAUCCAUUACUUGGUCAAGCAGAAAACCUCAUCAAUUUUCUGUCUGGACACAAAUAUGAUGGAAAAUAUCUGCAUGAGCUUCUUAGGGAAAAAUUGGGAAACACAAAAUUGCAUCAGACAUUGACUAAUGUUGUUAUUCCUGUGUUUGAUAUCAAAACAAAUCAACCAGUCUUCUUUUCCACCUACGAGGUGAAGAGAAAUCCAUCUUUAGAUGCGUUACUGUCGGAUAUCUGCAUUGGAACCUCAGCAGCACCGACUUAUCUUCCACCCCAUUAUUUCACCACCAAAAAUACUACUAAUAGUGGUACUGAAGAAAUCAGAGAAUUCAACCUAAUAGAUGGUGGUGUUGCAGCCAAUAAUCCGACUUUACUGGCUAUGGAGGAAGCAAAGAAGGAGAUGACAGGGGUCGGAGAAGGCUCCCCGUCGUGUCAUUACAUGACCAGAUUUUUGGUUAUAUCCUUAGGAACUGGCUCAAACAGAUCAACCGAAGACAAACACAAUGCAAAAGAGGCGGCCAAAUGGAAUUUGUUUGGUUGGCUACGUCGUAUAGUUGAAGUAUUCACUCAAGCCAGUGCCGACAUGGUCGACUACCACAUCUCCGUCGUACUAAAAAUGCUACAAUCUGAAGACAAUUACCUUCGUAUUCAGGAUGAUACAUUAAGUGGGGUGUUGGGUUCAAUUGAUAUAGCAACAAAGAAGAAUUUGGAUGAUCUUGUGGAAGUAGGGGAAAAACUUUUGAAAAAGCCAGUUUCUAAGGUUAAUAUGGAAACGGGUUUGAUUGAGCCUUGUGGUCAAGGAUCUAAUGAAGACGCUCUCAAGAGGUUUGCUAAAAUACUGUCCGACGAGAAGCGGCGUCGCAGUCUUAACUCAUCCCAUCCGCAGACUGCAAGUCUAAAUAAUGUUAAUAAUAAUUAGAUACUAGAAUUUUUUUAUUUUGUAAUUUACUUAAUCAAUAAGGUUUUGUAUAUAAAGAAUUAACCAAAUUCUCUGCUAUAAUUAUACCAUGUUGUUGUUUUUUAACCUCAAUUUGAUUAGUGAUUACUGUAAGUUUGUAAUAUUUUAUCGUGUGAUUAAAUGUGUUCUUGAUAU